AUAUGGUAAAAUCAAACGACGCCGUUAGUUUAGCUUAGAACUCAUAUUUCCGAUUCCCGUUCCCGUCGCUUCAUCGCAGUACUCACGCUGCUGAGAUAGUAGGACUGAACGCCCAAAACGCAGAACAGAAAACGUGAAACGCAAAAUGUGCGGUGACGCGACGAACUGGGACGAAGAUGCAUACAGAGCAAGCGUAUUAAAGGAUCGAGAACUCCAAACCUUAACCGUAUUUAGAACCGCAUGGGCUCCCUCUUCAAACCCUAGCCCUGACACAAUCGUUAUCGCCUCCAGUGACGGUUCAAUCGCUUCUUACUCUAUCUCCUCUUGCAUAUCCAAGCUCCCAUUAGGAUUUAACAAUGCAGAAGCUCAACAGGCUGAACCUGAUGCGUUGCUUCGGGGACACGAUGGACCGGCUUAUGAUGUCAAGUUUUAUGGCAAUUGUGAAAAUACUUUGUUAUUGAGCUGUGGAGAUGAUGGUCGGAUUCGGGGAUGGCGAUGGAAGGAAUUUAUACAAUUAGAAGGACAUGGCAUACAGCCAGUACUUGACUUGGUGAACCCACAGCAUAAAGGUCCUUGGGAUGCUCUUUCCCCAAUUCCUGAAAACAAUGCCAUAGCUGUGGAUACUCAGAGGGGAUGUAUUUUUUCAGCUGCUGGUGAUUCUUGUGCAUAUUGUUGGGAUAUGGAGACUUCUAAGAUCAAAACAGUUUUUAAGGGACACUUGGACUACUUGCACUGUAUAGUUGCCCGUAAGUCUACCAAUCAGAUUAUAACUGGUUCAGAGGAUGGGACUGCACGAAUUUGGGAUUGCAAAAGUGGAAAGUGUGUUCAAGUAAUUGAUCCGGGGAAGGAUAAGCAGUUGAAAGGAUCCUCGUAUGUCAGCUGCAUUGCUCUUGAUGCAAGUGAGACCUGGUUGGCUUGUAGCAAUGGUCGGAGUUUAUCAGUUUGGAAUCUUCCAGCUUCUGAAUGUGUUUCAAAGGCUGCUGCUCAUGCAUCCAUACAGGAUGUAAUAUUUGAUGACAACCAAGUUUUAGCUGUUGGAGCAGAGCCUCUACUCUGCCGUUUCGAUAUAAAUGGAGCAAUUCGUUCACAGAUACCUUGUGCUCCUCAGUCAGCAUUUUCUGUCUCCGUACACACAUCAGGAAUGACUGCAGUUGGAGGUUAUGGAGGUCUUGUAGAUGUAAUAUCCCAGUUUGGUAGUCACUAUUGCACAUUCCGCUGUAAAUGCCUAUAGAAAAUUCCUUGACUUGAGCAGUUCUGAUAAAUGAAUAAGGGAUGAGUUGUGUGCAAAGGUUAGAAAGACUUGCAGGAUUUUGCCAUGCUGCUGAAAAUUGCUGGUGUUGGUUAUAUCAUCUGGCAUUACUUUUUAAAUGCAUUACUUCCAUGAACUGCUAUAAUUGUAAAGUGUGAUUUUUGAUCAAAACUUUUGUAUGGAUGUGAUUCAUUAUUGUUCUCUUCUAACAUGUUUUUAGGUUUACAAGCA